AUGGUCAACCCAGAGAAAGCCGACGGGACUGCACCAACUGCUGGCAACAAACGUUCACCUGAUCAUGCUAAUGGGGCGUCUGGCGAAGACAGCAGUCCCACUGGCAAGAAGUUGGCACGACGAUCAGAUGAGUCGGAAACGCAUCAAUCUCAAAAUACUCCUGAGGUCGGUGGUCGCGCCUUUUUUAUGUCCAAAAGCCUGGAUACCGAUGAUGGAAUCAGGUUGAAAGCCCGUGAAAUGAUCCAGUCGGCAUUGGAGUCUAGUCCGAUCCCCUCUGGUGCAUUUGAGGCCGAAUAUCUUGCUAUCCGGAUCGAGACAGAAAUUUUUAACCUCUUCAAGACUACCGAUCCAAAGUACAAGCAACGUGUUCGGACACGGGUUAUGAACUUGAGGGACUCCAAUAACCCCAGUCUCCGCAUCAAUGUGCUAAUGGGGCACGUGAAACCCGAGAGAUUGGCCUCAAUGACCUCUGAAGUAUGUUAG